AGGAGUACGAAAGGCUGUCAGCAGCGUUUCCGUUAUUGUUAACCCAGUAGUAUAUCAGCGAUGGGUGUGUCGAAAGAUUAACUGGCAAAUAUAUUUCGAAAUCUUCGAAUUUGUGUGUUCUUAAACGUAACUGAGUUUCUGUCAAACUUCUUGAUUUAAGCUACGAUAAAAGUGAACUGAAAAACACUACGCACGAACAUUACGAUUCGAAGAAAACAUAACCUUCAUUUCGAAAAUAUAUAUCAGAAUGGCAGAUGCACUAGCGAAAGGGUUUGCUCUUGAGGAUUUCAAUCCGGAUAAAUUUGUGAAGGACCUCAGUGCGCAAUGUGUAGGUGCUGACGAGUUGCGCAAACAGCGUGCGAGAAUUCAAGAACUUGCGGACAACACCUCAGCGUUACUUAAGAGAAAUGUGUAUCAAAAUUACAUGCAAUUCAUCGAAACAGCUAAGGAGAUUUCACAUCUGGAAAGCGAAAUGUACCAACUGUCCCAGUUGCUGAGCGAACAACGCUCCCUUCUAGGUACCCUUGGAUCUAGUAGAAGCGCCGCUGGUGUUAUAUUCGACGACACUUUGGAAUCACAAAACGAAGAUCCGAGUAACACUGUGACCAAAGAAGAAGAACAGAAACAAAAGCUUGUUCAGUUGUUAGAAAACGUUGAAGGCGCAAUGAGUUUAGUGGAGACUGUCGGACGUGUUUGUCUUCACGAAGGUUCACUAUUGGAAUUGGAUCCAUUGGAAGGCACUCCGCUCAAGCGUGUUCACGCAUAUUUGUUCAACGAUGUUCUGAUGAUCGCAUCGUGGUUAGCAACAGGGGGACGAAGGGGUCCUCCGAGAUACAAAAUGCAGGCUGUAUAUAAUCUUCAGAGUUUGGCAGUAGUUAACGUUCGUGACUUGGGCACUGUAAAAUUGGCGUUCAAGCUUCUGGCGUUUCCGGAUACGAGAGUAUUUCAAUGCCCGACAGCGACUAGCAAGAAAGAGUGGUUGGACAAAUGUGAUCAGGUGAAGAAAGCUCGAUUGACCCAAGAAAAUUCUUUCGAAGCACCGGACAAACAAAAAUCUAAGGACGAAACGACUGCUCCAUCCCGAUCGAUGUCCCUGGACUCAAACACUCUCGGGAUGGACGACACCGAGGAUUCUGAGAGUUUGGAACCGAUUCCAGAAUGGCUAAUGGAAGUCGCCGAAGAUCUUGACUCUUGCAUGGCACAACGUCAUUUUGAGGAAGCUUACAGUCUUUUGGAAAGAGCCAAAACUUAUUUGAAGGAAGCUCAAUCUACACCCGAUCUCAAUCAAAUCAGAAACAAAGUGGACGAACGCGCUCGUUCCCUCGUUGAUGGUCUCACCAAGGAAUUAGAAUUAAGCGCCGAAGCAAAAUCACUUCAAGGCGGCGGAUUGAGGAGUGCGAGAAGAGCAGUACGUUUGUUGAUACAACUCGAUCGCAGUGCUCAAGCUUGCCAAUUGUAUCUACAAUUGUGUAGCGCCGCUCUCAAAGCUCGCUUGAAAAAAGUCAAAAGAGAAGGUGCAACCAUACCGUACGUAAAUCAACUGAGUGCUAUAGCUUUCAGCAAUAUCGUCGACAUAGCGAGAGAAUUUCUCAAAUUAUUUCCCGAAGCUACGAACUGCACUUCCGCCCUUGUCGUCUGGUGCAGUCAAGAAAUAAAGCACCUAACAUCGCAUCUGAUAAAACAACUAUUUAUUCCUCAAGUCACAACGGGCACGUUGGUGGAAUGCAUCGGAACUGUACGAACCCACUGUGAUCAGUUGACGCAGCUGGGUAUGGAUUUUCGUUAUCAACUCGAUGGCCAGUUGCGAUCACCGUUAGCUAGGGCAUUGCAAGAUGCGGGUGAAAAAUAUUUCGAUGCGGUUAAGGUACGUGCAGCGGAGGACAACUGGAGGCCAUCGAAUCUUCAGACGAGUCAAAAUCUUCAAAAACUUCUAACUGAACUCGAUGAUCUGGGAAUAAGUGUGCCGACGAGUUUCGUCACGAAUGACUGCUGGGUUUCUCUGACUAGUACCACACUCGCUUUUGCUAGGCUGUACGUUGGGCUCUUGGAGGAUUGCCUGAGCGUCGCGACGCCUGAACUCAUGCUGACAAUCGACAGCGUUUUGAUUUCCGUGAUGCGUGCUCAAGUACAGCAUCUUGUUUCUUCUCUUACCAACCCCAAAUUGAGGCAAGAGCGAAAACUCGUGCAAGAAAACGCAAGCUACGUUCGUGAUGUAAUAAUAGAUCGGGGUCUCGAGCUGUACAAGAGUACGACGGGACAAAAAUUCACGAAACUCGUCGCUCUGAAAGAACAAAUUAUUUUGGAGGCGAAUAGCCCAACAAAACCGAAACCAGCGCCUAGAACAUCGAUUCCGAAAUACAGUACAACCGAGUACUUGUAAAUUUGGUCAAGACAAUAACUGCGAACAUGUGUACAUUGGAAUACCUUGUAAUAUAUUGUACAGAGUAGAAUAAAUAAAACAUAGUUGAUUAUUUAUAAUCAAUUUGUAUCUACCAACAA